GGCCUUGAAGCCAUUAUCUGUCAGCCAACCGCGCGCGUCCUCCUCACACACACAGCGCCCGGCAGCUCGCGAUGGCUCCAGACCUCGAGCCGCUGCUCCCCCGCGCCGGUCACCGCCCCGCCACCGGCGGCUGGAGGUCGGCUCUGUUCAUAAUCUGGGUGGAGGUGGCGGAGCGGUUCGCGUACCACGGCAUCUCGGCCAACCUCAUCAGCUACCUGACCGGCCCGCUCGGGGAGAGCACGGCAGCCGCCGCCGCGGCCGUCAACGCGUGGUCGGGCGCCGCGUCGAUGCUGCCGCUGCUCGGCGCCGCCGUGGCCGACUCGUGGCUGGGGCGGUACCGCACCAUCGUCGCCUCCUUCGUGCUCUACAUCACGAAUCACCAGGCGCGCCAUCCCGUCCCCACCGGUGAUCGCUAUGCAUUAGAACACGACACCUCCUUCUCAAGGUCUUCAAGCCAUCACCUGUCAGCCCACCGCGCGCAUCCUCCUCACACACACAGCGCCCCGGCCGCUACCCAUGGCGCCAGACCCCGAGCCGCUCCUCCCCCGCGCCGGCCACCGCCCCGCCACCGGCGGCUGGAGGUCGGCUCUGUUCAUCAUCUGGGUGGAGGUGGCGGAGCGGUUCGCGUACUACGGCAUCUCCUCCAACCUCAUCAGCUACCUCACCGGCCCGCUCGGCGAGAGCACGGCCGCCGCCGCCGCGGCCGUCAACGCGUGGUCGGGCGCCGCGUCGAUGCUGCCGCUGCUCGGCGCCGCCGUCGCCGACUCGUGGCUCGGGCGGUACCGCACCAUCGUCGCCUCCUCCGUGCUCUACAUCACGGGCCUCGGGAUGCUGGCGCUCUCGUCCAUGUUCUUGUCACCGAGCCAACAAUGCAAGCUCACCGCGGACGGCCGGGAGGCAUGCCCGCGUUCCUCCCUGCAGACGGCCUUCUUCUACGUCUCGCUCUACCUGGUAGCCAUUGCGCAGAGCGGCCACAAGCCCUGCGUGCAGGCCUUCGGCGCCGACCAGUUCGACGCGACGGACCCCGCGGAGUCGCUGGCCCGGGGCUCCUUCUUCAACUGGUGGUACUUCGGGAUCUGCGGCAGCGCGACGGUGACCAUCGCGCUCAUGAGCUACGUCCAGGACAACGUGAGCUGGGGCAUCGGCUUCGGGGUGCCGUGCGUGGUCAUGGUGCUGGCGCUCGCCGUCUUCCUGCUUGGCACCAAGACGUACCGGUUCUACGACGACUCGGCCGACGGCAAGGGCGCCGGCGUGUUCGCCCGUGUCGUGGAGGCCUUCAGGGCGUCGAGAAAGAGAUCGCCGGAAGGCGGAGAGCACAGGCAUGGCGACCGCGAGGAGGACGCUGCCAUCGUGGAGGAGGUGAGGGGCUUGGCGAGGCUGUUCCCGAUAUGGGCGACGUGCCUGCUCUACGGCGUGGUGUUCGCUCAGCCGCCGACGCUGUUCACGAAGCAGGCGGCGACGAUGGACCGGAGGGUCGGGUCGUCGGGGUUCCAGAUACCGCCCGCGGCGUUGCAGUGCUUCAUGGGCAUCAGCAUGAUCACCUGCGUCGCGCUCUACGACCGCGUCCUGGUGCCCGUGGCGCGCAGGCUCUCCGGCGCCCCCUUGGGUAUCACCAUGCUCCAGCGGAUCGGCACGGGCAUGGUCCUGGCCGUGGCCGCGCUGGUGGUCGCCGCGCUGGUGGAGAUGAGGCGGCUGAGCACCGCGGUGGACGCCGGCGUGGUGGACCUGCCCGGCGCGGUGGUGCCCAUGAGCCUGUGGUGGAUCAUGCCGCAGUACGUGCUCCUGGGCGCGGCGGACGUGUUCACUAUGGUCGGCAUGCAGGAGUUCUUCUACGACCAGAUGCCCGUGGAGCUCAAGAGCCUCGGGCUCGCGCUCUACCUCAGCGUCCUCGGCGUCGGCAGCUUCAUCAGCAGCUUCCUCAUCUCGGUCAUCGACGGCGCGACGAGGAGGGGCGGAGGGACGAGCUGGAUCGCCGACAACCUCAACCGGGGUCAUCUCGACUACUUCUAUCUGCUCAUCGCUGCGCUCACCGCGCUGGAGCUUCUCGCUUUCCUCUACUUCUCAGCUUCUUACGUUUACAAAAGGAAGACUGUCAGUGUUCAUUGACACAUUGGUCGACGAAUUAUGUGUACUAGUAAGUUCUAUGCUGGCAGUUCCACUAUUCAUGUGCUGAUUCUUCCAGCAGUAACGUUUCAGUUUUACUUUUACUUCUAAUA